CUAUUCGUACUCUAAACCGGCGAUGUAAUCUUGACUUAAGUUGAGACUAGAGUGUAUCUUCAAACUUGGCUGGAUAUAAUUUUAGGUCAAAGUAGUCGUACGUAGCAACACCCACCCUAACGACUCCCACUGUCGCCAAACCAACAACAACGCCAACCUUUUUCACCAAACACACCCCCAUCUUUCUCUUUCUCUGCAAUUCUUGUAUUGAAAGAGGAUAAAGAGACCCAACAAGUAAAUUCAAUGAGUGAAUGACCCCCUUUGACUUUCAUAUUCAGCCAAGAUACUCACCUGAAAAGAAGCAAUAUUUGUGGUAAAUCUUGGUGGUGAGUUUAAUGGAUACAAGAGGUUUAUUGGAAAGCAAUGGGGACGGGUUAUUUCCGAAUUCUGGGAUUGGGUUUCUUUGGUGUCCAAGAGAUGAUAAUUUAUCCCAAUCUGGAAGCUUUUUUGCAAGUGUUGGGCAGAUGGGUGGUAGGGGUGGUUUUGGAAGUUUAACAACAAAUGAUAAUGAAGGUGUCAAACUUCCAUAUUUAUCUAAGGUUGUUUCGACACCUGAAUCUAGUUUUAUGACCGUUGAUGUACCGAAAGUGGAUGUAAAUGAGGGUUUUUUGAAGAAGAAAGGUGGUAUGAAAUUGAAAAUCAAGAUCGGGAAUCCUUCGUUAAGGAGGUUACUUAGUGGCGCAGUUGCAGGUGCAGUUUCAAGAACGUGUGUUGCUCCAUUAGAGACGAUAAGGACUCAUUUGAUGGUUGGGACUUGUGGGCAUUCUACUACUGAAGUUUUUCAAGAUAUUAUGCAGACUGAAGGUUGGACUGGCCUCUUUAGGGGAAAUUUAGUCAAUGUCAUUCGUGUUGCCCCAAGCAAAGCAAUCGAGUUAUUUGCUUAUGAUACUGUCAAGAAAAGCCUAGCUCCUAAACCUGGAGAAAAGCCAAAACCCCGUGUACCGGAGUCACUUAUCGCAGGUGCUGUUGCCGGAAUCAGCUCUACCAUAUGCACCUACCCUCUCGAGUUACUCAAAACCAGACUCACUGUUCAGAGGGGCAUGUACAAGAAUCUUGUAGACGCGUUUUUGAAGAUUGUGAAAGAAGAGGGACCUGCAGAACUCUACCGGGGACUGACACCAAGUCUUAUUGGUGUAGUCCCGUAUGCUGCAACAAACUAUUUUGCAUACGAUACAUUAAGAAAAGCAUACAAGAAAAUCAUGAAAAAAGAUGAUAUUGAGAACAUUGCCACCCUAUUAAUCGGGUCAGCAGCUGGUGCUAUUUCAAGUAGUGCGACAUUCCCGCUUGAGGUGGCUCGGAAGCAUAUGCAGGCGGGGGCUGUUAAUGGGCGAGUAUAUGACAACAUGCUUCAUGCUCUUUUAAGCAUAUUGGAAAAGGAAGGUAUUGGUGGUUUAUAUCGAGGUUUGGGUCCAAGCUGUAUUAAAAUAGUUCCAGCUGCUGGGAUAUCGUUCAUGUGUUAUGAGGCAUGCAAGAAAAUACUAAUUGAGAAAGAAGAUGAUGAAUAAUGACCGUAAGCUCAAGUCAAGAUUUUGCUUUUUAUUGUUCUCAAAGAUAAUAAUUCAAAAGAUUUGGUUUUUAUUGGUUCUUUUUUCUUUUGCUUUUUUUGUGGGGGGAUAUUGUUUUUUUAACUGCAAAAGAAAUAUUUAUAGACGAGGCAGAAUUA